UUCUCCCUCUCCCGUGGAACACACUCCGUUUUCUCGUUCUCUUUCUUCGCUGUCUCUUUCGUCUGUCCAUUCAGCCCUCCUUCUCCUCUUUUCUUCGUCCUUUCUUCCAGAUUCAGCAUUCAGAACGAUCUGAAGACAAGGUGUGGAGUUGAGCUUUUUUUGUUUGCUGGCCGUCGAAAAAGGCAACACACGCCGACCCCCUCCCAAAAAAUUAUUUAAAAACAAAAUACACGAGGAAGAAGGAACGAAGGAAUCGAUUGGUGUCAUGCAGUCUGAUGCAGGGACAAUCCAGGGCCUGUAUGGCCAGGGGCGCUCUGCAGAGACAGGCUGAAGCUGCUCUCAUUUCCCUGUUGAGGAGGGGGAGAGGGGGGGGGAAGGAGGAAAAACAAAAAAACGAAUAUGGGGAAAUACAACAAAAAGCAACAAACCCACCGAAGCUUUCAGCUCAUUUGCGGUCGCAGGCGAAAGUGGAUAGUAAGCGCACGUGAGCAUAUUUCACAGACGGAGAAGCGAUAGAAACCAAUAACACGCCUGUGCACCACAUCGGAGUCGUUCGAGAUGCCGGGUGUCACAGUGAAAGACGUCAACCAGCAAGAGUUUGUCCGAGCCUUGUCAGCAUUUCUCAAGAAGUCUGGAAAAUUGAAAGUUCCAGAAUGGGUGGACACAGUCAAGUUGGCUAAGCACAAGGAGCUAGCCCCCUGUGAUGACAACUGGUUCUACACCAGAGUAGCGUCCACAGCGCGCCACCUGUACCUGCGUGGAGGCGUAGGAGUGGGCUCCAUGAUCAAGAUCUACGGAGGACGUCAGAGGAACGGGGUCUGCCCCGCCCACUUCAGCGUGGGGUCCAGGAACGUCGCGCGCAAGGUUCUCCUAGCUCUCGAGGGUGUGAAGAUGGUGGAAAGGGAUCCCAACGGAGGCAGAAGGCUUACUGCUCAGGGUCAAAGAGACCUGGACAGAAUUGCUGGUCAGGUUUCCGCGGCCAGUAAGAAGCAGUAAGUCAUAAGGUCAGAACAAGCAUGAUGGGAAAAAAAACCAAAAACAAUCCCUCAUAUUAGUGUUCACCCACAACAGCAUGCUAUCCUAUUCAUAACCAGCCGGAAGCCCUGCAAGUCUCCCAGAUAAUGUUUAUUACAUCCUUAUAAUAUGGAUGAUAUUAUCAUUCCGACAAGAGCUGCUCGAUCUUGCCACACAACCUCCCAAACUGGUUCUGAUAAUGAGAUCGUGUUCACUAACGCAACAACCUUUACGUCUAAGUGUGUUUGAAUUUAAAUAUUUAAGACACAAUAGCCAUUGAGGCUCUGGAGUAGCUGCUACGUGACGCGUCGGCACUAAAGCACACAGCUGGCAGAGAUGAGAGGUCUCCGUGAGCACACAUCGAGAGGACGAGACUUCUUUGUGAUUGGCUGAGAGGAGGACAUUACCCCGUCAGCAGCACUUGUGAAGCUAGAGAAAACAGCACAACCCAUAACAGCUGCGGUGCUGACCCGCUGUUCAUGUCGUGGUAUACCUGUCCUCGUGUCGUUACCGGUCUCCAGCAAACAGAAGCGUGAAUCAUCACAGCACAAAUCGUUACCCUUUUGGACGCGAUUAAAGAAUGGUUCAGAGAA